UUUCUCUAGCUUAUCUUCUCCUAAAAUUCUUUAACAAGAAAAAUUAUAAAAAUUUACCUCAUGGUAAAAUGGGUUUGCCCAUUCUUGGGGAGACUCUUGAAUUCCUCAAGCCUCAUAGUUCAAACUCUAUGGGAAGCUUCUUGCAAGAACAUUGUUUCAGAUAUGGAAAGGUGUUCAAAUCUCAUCUAUUUGGUGCACCCACCAUAGUUUCCUGUGAUCUUGAGCUCAACAUGUUCAUUCUUCAUAACGAAGGCAAACUAUUUGAAACUAGCUAUCCAAAACCUAUCCAUGGCAUUCUUGGAAAGUAUUCUUUGCUGCUGGUGUCCGGAGAUCUUCACAAGAAGCUGAAGAAUAUUGCUGUUAGCUUCAGCAGCUCAUCCAAAUCCACGCCCGAAUUCCUUCACUGGGUUGAAAAGUUAUCACUUUCAAUGAUGGAAUCAUGGAAGAAUCGUAGAGAGGUUUCAUUCUGCAAAGAAGCUAAAACGUUCACAAUGAAUAUUAUGGUAAAGCACCUUUUGAGUAUUAAACCGGAGGAGCCCCUUGCAGCUGAGAUAUUGCACGACUUUGCAACAUACAUGAAAGGGUUUGUUUCUCUACCGCUAUAUAUCCCCGGAACAGCAUAUACUAAGGCUGUCAAGGCUAGAGCGAGACUAUCUUCUACUGUUAAAGAGAUUAUCGAAAAAAGGAAAAAGGGAAAUGCAGGAGUAGUUGCUAAAAAAGGAGAAGACUUCCUGGAUGUGAUGUUGUCGAAGCAGAAGCUAAGCGACGAAGAGACGGUGAGCAUUGUAUUGGACAUCUUGCUGGGAGGCUACGAGACAACCUCAACACUCAUGGCCUUAAUUGUCUACUUUCUGGGGCAUUCUCCUAAUGCUUUUCAAACUUUAAAGGAAGAACACCAAGCGAUAGCAGAAAACAAAAAGGAGGAGGAAACCUUAAAUUGGGAAGAUUACAAGAAGAUGCAGUUUACUUGCCACGUUAUAUGCGAAGCAAUGAGAUGUGGGAAUGUGGUGAAAUUUGUGCACAGGAAAGCACUUCAAGAUGUCAAAUUCAAAGGGAUUUUGAUACCCUCAGGAUGGAAGGUUCUUCCCAUGUUUACAGCAGCACAUUUCGAUCUUUCCCUUCAUGACAAACCCCUUGACUUUAAUCCUUGGAGAUGGAUUCAUGUAUAUAUGUUCACACAGGAUAAAGAAAUGAGCAAAAAAGUGACACCCUUUGGUGGCGGACCAAGGCUUUGUCCGGGGGCCGAACUAGCCAAAAUAGUUAUUGCAUUUUAUCUUCAUCAUCUUGUCCUUAGUUAUAGUUGGAAAACAAAAGCAGACGAUUUCCCUCUUGCUUUGCCUUAUGUUGAAUUCAGGAGAGGUCUUGCAAUGGAGAUUCAACCAGCAGAUUAUGAGAGGAUUAAUGUGAGAAGAAGAAGAUCACCAUGAUUGAGCAGAGAGCCUCUAUCAUGUAAUUGUAAGGACGUUCAAACCCAAAAUUUAACAGAGACGGAGAAAAAUGCCCACAACCUCCAAGGCUUGCUGUGAAAUCACUUCUACUAUAUAUCUAUAUAUCCAAACACUAAAGCCAAUUGGGUCCCCAGCAAAAAAACUUGUAGCCCUCCAAAUAUAUCGCAGGCCUAGUUAGCUGCUAGCUAGCUGUCUAUGUAAUUCAAACAAAAGUUGU